GAAUCCCAAUUUGGUUUUCACUCAAAAUUCAAAAUACAAAUGGAGUUAGUCGACCGUUGAAGUCAAUGGAGUAGAUUUCAGUGGUUUCAAACUAAAUCUAGGCUAACGGAGACGCCUUCUAGGGUUUACUCACUCGACGUUGUCUGAGGAGGAUUCUUCAGCUGAAAUAUCUCAUCUUUUGUUGCUCCUAAAUUAUGAGGCGCCAUGGCUGGCAACGGCCCCUUCACCCUCUACAGAUAGUUGGAAUGUCAAUAUACGGUUUCUUGGUUGUAGCCUUCUAUACCUUCCUUGGGCUUUUCCUUGGUACCCGGACCACUGUGAUUGUCGUCACGUCAAUCUUUACUUUUACGGCACUUGCAGUUAUGCUUUUAUUUGUCAGGUGCACUGCAAUUGAUCCGACUGAUAAAACUAACUUUAAAAGGAAGAAGAAGAAGAGCAUGUCCAAUGCAGUUUCGCAGCUCAAUUAUGGUUUUAUACUGGGUCACAUAGUUAUGAGAUUUUUCACUAGAAUUGAGCGCAAGAUCCUUCAGAAAUUUAUAAGGCGCAAGUACCUGGAUCCUUUGAGUACAACAGCUCAGAUGGAGCCUCUGCUUCCAUUCCCUCUUGUCAUUAAGGAUGAUUCAGUUUCACCUGACCCACUACUAGCAGACAUCUCAUUUUGCGUUCUAUGUGAUUCUCAGGUUAAAAAGCAGAGCAAGCACUGCAGGACCUGCAAUCGCUGUGUUGAUGGGUUUGAUCACCACUGCAGGUGGUUAAACAAUUGUGUUGGGAAAAAAAACUACAGAACCUUCAUUCUUCUCCUCAUCUUUGUCUUGUUAAUGCUUAUGAUAGAAGGAGGGACCGCAGUUGUGGUUUUUAUUAGGUGCUUUAUGGAUGGAAAAGGACUAGACAUGGAGCUUCAAAGAAGGCUCCAUGUUCAUUUUCCAAGACCACUUCUUUCAGCCAUCUGCGUUUUCCUGGUUCUACUCACAGCUUACGGUUCAGCAGCUCUAGGACAACUUUUCUUCUUUCAUGUUGUUCUUAUCCGAAAGGGAAUGCGAACUUAUGAUUACAUAAUGGCAUUGAAAGAAGAAAAUGAGUUGGCGGAACUAGAGCUGUCUGAUGAUUCGGAUUUGUCUUCUGAAGAGAGUGUAGACUUUGAUUCCCCUAAAAAAACAAAAUUCGCCAUGUGUAUGUGUAGAGAGAGAACACCGGAGGAGACCCAGCACAGACUUUCUGUAAGAAUCGAUAGAGAACCUACCCAGACAACAAAGAAGCAGAAGCAGGAGGGUGGAUUUCGUGCAAGUAUUAAUCCAUGGAAGCUUAUCAAUAUGAGCAGGGAGAAAGCUGUAGCAGCUGCUGCAAAGGCUAGGGAAAGGUUCACGAGACAAAAGGAUGAUUCCAUAAUUAAGCCAUUACCAUUACCACUGGAGACCAAAAACGGACUGUUGAUGACUCCUCUUCCGCUUGUUGUAACACCUGGAUCGCCUGGGAGGUUCUCAAGCCCAAGAAGACGGGUAUCUAUUUCUCCAUCACCAAACCAAAAGUAUAAGAGUAAUUUCGAUCUUAAGUUAACAGAUGUGUCUAGGGAACUUGAUACUUAUAUUUCAAGGCAGGUAUUAUGCUCUGUUCUGAAGAGGGGCGAGAGUGAGUCAUCCCCGUCCCCAAGAUAG